GGCCUCCCAGUGGCCAUCGAGGCCACUCCACGUGGAACCUUCACCCCAUCCCUGUCCCCACCAGAAGCUGCGCUGGGUGACGACGACGAAGACAAAGACCUGGAGGCGGUGGCGGCGACGGCCGUGCCGAAGACGGGCGGCGCCGCCGGCGUCCCCUCGGACAUCGACAUCACCGCCGAGUUCUUGCAGCCGCUCCUCACGCCGGAGAACGUCGCCAACCUGGUGCUCAUCAGCAUGGUGUACCUCCCCGAGGCCAUGCCCGCCUCCUUCCAGGCCACCUACACCCCCGUGGAGUCGGCCGGCACCGAGGCUCAGAUCAAGCACCUCGCGCGCCUCAUGGCCACCCAGAUGACGGCGGCAGGGUUGGGCCCGGGCGUGGAGCAAACGAAGCACCUGAAGGAAGAACCGAAGGAGGAGAAGACGGCCAAACCGGAGAGCGUGGUCAUCAAGCGACGGCUGUCGGCGCUGGCGCAAGGCCAGGCCAUCUCCGUGCUGGGCUCCCAGGGUUCGGCCACCAACCUCCUUGAGGAGGAGAUCCCUCAGGCCAAACGGCGCCCAGAACCCAUCAUCCCGGCCACCCAACCCCGGCUGGUGGGCGCUGGUGGCCGCAAGAAGGUUUUCCGUCUCAGCGAUGUCCUCAAACCCUUGACCGACGUCCAAGUGGAGAAGCUGAAGCUCAACGCCGUCACCCGCAUCCUUCGUGCCGAACGCGCUGUCGCCUGCAGCGGCGCCGCUCAGGCUCGCGUGAAGAUCCUGGCGGCGCUGGUGACGCGCUUGGAGGUACCGCUCAAGAGCGAAGUGUUGGCCUUCAUCUUGGAGGACGUGCGGUCGCGUUUGGACCUGGCUUUUGCGUGGCUCUUCCAAGAGUACAACACCUACCUGAGCCACCUCCCCGGUGGCACCUUGGAACGCUACGACGAGUGUCUCAUCGGGCUCCUCGGUGGCCUCCAGGAGAAACCCGACCAGAAGGAUGGGGUUUUCUCCAAGCUGGUCUUGGAGGCGCCGCUGAUCACGGAGAGCGCGCUGGAGGUCAUCCGCAAGUACUGCGAGGACGAGAGCCGGACCUACCUGGGAAUGUCCACGCUGCGAGACCUCAUCUUCAAGCGGCCGUCCCGGCAGUUCCAGUACCUCCACGUCCUUCUGGACCUCAGCUCCCAUGAGAAGGAUAAGGUUCGCCAGCAGGCGCUGCUCUUCAUCAAGCGGAUGUACGAGAAGGAGCAACUGCGGGACUACGUGGAGAAGUUCGCCCUCAACUACCUGCAGCUCCUGGUGCACCCCAACCCGCCUUCCGUCCUCUUCGGCGCCGACAAGGACACGGAGGUGGCCGCGCCGUGGACGGAGGAGACCAUCAAGCAGUGCCUCUACCUCUACCUCGCUCUUCUGCCCCACAACCACAAACUCAUCCACGAGUUGGCGUCCGUCUACACCGAAGCCAUCGCCGACAUCAAACGCACCGUCCUGCGCGUCAUCGAGCAGCCGAUCCGUGGGAUGGGGAUGAACUCUCCUGAGCUCCUACUGCUGGUGGAGAACUGCCCCAAAGGUGCUGAGACCCUGGUGACGCGUUGCCUUCACAGCCUGACGGACAAAGUGCCACCUUCGCCGGAGUUGGUGAAGAGGGUCCGUGACCUCUACCACAAGCGGUUGCCGGAUGUCAGGUUCCUCAUCCCGGUCCUCAACGGGUUGGAGAAGAAAGAAGUGAUCCAAGCGCUGCCCAAGCUCAUCAAGCUCAACCCCAUCGUGGUCAAGGAGGUCUUCAACCGCUUGUUGGGGACACAACAUGGUGACGGUGCCUCAGCCGUGUCCCCCCUGAACCCCGGGGAGCUCCUGAUCGCGCUGCACAACAUUGACUCGGCCAAGUGUGACAUGAAGUCCAUCAUCAAAGCCACCAACCUGUGCCUGGCGGAGCGCAACGUGUACACGUCGGAGGUGCUGGCGGUGGUGCUGCAGCAGCUGCUGGAGCAGAGCCCUCUGCCCGUGCUGCUCAUGCGCACCGUCAUCCAGGGCCUCUCCAUCUACCCCCGCCUCGGACCCUUCGUCAUCAACGUCCUCGCGCGCCUCAUCAUGAAGCAGGUCUGGCUGUCUGUCUGUCCGUCCGUCU